UUCACACUUGCAUAUCAUCGUCGUACACGUAUUAUCUUGGAGUCAAAAUAAACCUCGCAAAAUUUUUAGUUAUUGCUUAUAAAUCAUUGAAAAACCUAGUGAAAUAGUUUGAACGCUGUUGAAUUUUAUAUCUGAACGUUUACCCCUAGAGGCAUCCUUUCAUUGCUUCAAAUUGAACUGGAAGUCUUGAUAAAAUGAGUGAUAUUCAAACAUGGUACAAACAAGUUCCGAUCUUCACUCGCAUCUGGUUGUCGGCCACCGUUGGAAUCAGUUUAUUGGCUCGUUUUGGAAUUCUUCCACCACAGUAUCUAAUCCUUCAACAAUACCCUCUCUUCCGGCAACUACAGUUAUGGAGACCGAUGACAGCUGUAUUUUUCUACCCACUCAACCCUGCAACUGGGUUUCAUUUCAUGCUGAACUGCUUCUUUCUGUAUAACUACUCACUUAGGUUAGAGACGGACCAUUUUAAACAGAAACCUGGAGACUAUUUUUAUAUGUUAUGCUUCAACUGGAUUCUGUGCGUUAUUAUUGGGUUGCUUGUAGACCUCCCGAUCCUGAUGGACCCGAUGGUUCUAUCUGUUCUAUACGUAUGGUGCAAGCUCAACAAAGACGUGAUUGUCAAUUUUUGGUUUGGAACUCGUUUCAAGGCCAUGUAUCUGCCUUGGGUUUUAUUAGGAAUGAAUUUGAUUCUUUCAUCGGGAAGCAUUUUCUCUAUUGUCGGCAUCCUGGUAGGUCAUGCGUAUUAUUUCCUCAAGUUCAUCUACCCACAGGAACUGGGUGGCUCAAGUCUACUUGAAACUCCCGCUGUCAUCAAACGAAUCAUUCCGGAUGUUACUGGAGGUGUACAUGGUUUUGGUGUGCCUCCGGUUGGACAGCGGGCAGCAAAUCCACAACAGCAACCGCAAGGCAAUGGAUUCAGUUUCCGGCAUGCCUGGGGUCGUGGCCAGGUACUUGGGCGUGAGUAAAGUGUAAUAGGAUUGAUUCUCUAUCGAUGUGAAUGGUUUUCUUCGAAAGAAAAAUACUGUAAAUACUGCAUUUUCCAACAGUAAAUGGGUGUGUGUGUGUCAAAAUUCUUUGUCAUCUCAUCAAUGUCAUGUCAUUUCGCCGUGGAAAAAAAUUUAUAGCAGAUAGGUUUUGUUGAACGGAAUUUAUUGAUGUGGAACGAAUACAAUAGUGAUUAUAACAGAAAAUAAA